AAGUAAAUUUCAAACUCCCGCCCGCCCGUAAAUGAGUUAUCUCAUCCCCGCUCUCAUUGGAUGUGCUCUUCUCAUUUUCGGAACUGUUAUAUAUUACGGCGAUAAUUUCAAAAACGGGUACCGUCCUUCCACAGAAUUCCUCGAUGCUCUGGAGAGAAUUGAUUGCAAAGAGGGAAAAAUGACAAAGUGUCCUUCGUAUUUGCAAUAAAUUCAUGCUGAUCUG